AUGAGGAAGAAAGAACUGACUCGGGAGGGCUGGCAAGGUGAACGCGGAGCUGAGCCCAGCGGGCAGCCGGCCCCUCCCAACCAGAAACUCCAGAUUCCACAAUUGCUCUGCCACUCCGAGAAACUGGGCCGCCAGACAAUGCUGGCAAUCCCCGGCUUCAAUAUUGAACCUUCUCUACAAGCCUCCGUGAGAUUAUGGGACUACAAUACGGCUGAAGGUAGGGAGAGACUCCGGGUUUAUCGCCAGACUCUAAUGGGGGGUCUCCGGGCAGCAGCUCGGCAGAAUGAGGGACUUUGGCAACAGCAGUCUGAUACAGAGGCUGUGCUGAACGGAAAAGACCUCAGUACCCGCACUCUUUACAUCGCGGAGAGACGCCUGUCUUGGCUAGAUGGUUCUGGAUUAAGAUUCUCACUGGAAUACCCCACCAUUAGUUUACAUGUGAUGUCCAGUGACCUAAAUGCUUAUCCUCCAGAGUGUUUGUAUGUUAUGGUGAAUGCCAAAUUUGGAGCAGAAUCAAAAGAAUCUCUUGAUGAAGAGGAGGAAGACAGUGAUGAUGAUGUCCAACCGAUUACUGAAUUUAGAUUUGUGCCUCGUGAUAAAUCAGCAUUGGAGGCACUGUUCACAGCAAUAUGUGAAUGCCAGGCUCUGCAUCCAGAUCCUGAGGAUGAAGACUCAGACGAUUAUGAUGCAGAAAAAUAUGAUGUGGGGGGACUCGAAGAUGCACAUGAACAAGGGCAGGGCCAUAUCCCUACAUUUUACACUUAUGAAGAAGAAUUAUUCCAUUUAACAGCAGAAGGGCAAGUCACACUGGACAGAUUAGAAGGAAUGCUUUCUCAGUCUGUGAGCAGCCCAUAUAACAUAGCUGGGGUCCAGACAGAAGAUUCAGUAAGCGAUUAUGAAGAUGGCAUGGAGGUAGAUACCACACCGACAGUUACUGGACAGUUUGAGGAUGCAGAUGCCGAUCACUGA